AAAAGGGUUCAUCCCUCCCAAUGAACACCAGCAAGCGUUCUUCAGUCGAUCUCGGUAGUAUCUUACUUGCGAUCGUCUGCUUGGCGCUGAGCCUCUGACGACUUCGGAAUUUGAAUUUAGAGAAGAAUCAGGGAGAAGGAAGGGAGGUGGGUCAACAUUUUGUGAAGAAAGGAAGAAAGAGAGAUCGAUUGAUCAAAAGAUGGGUUUAUCUCAAUUUGACGUGCAAGAUGUGUUCUCUGCCGCCAAUGGUCCAUCGAAGGCGUCUUGCAUCGUUGCAUUCCAUUCCACAAUCCGAUGGAAAGCUCACUUCGACUCCUGCAAAAAUUCCACUAAACUGAUGGUGAUCUAUUUUACGGCAUCGUGGUGCGGACCUUGUCGAUCCAUGGAGCCAGCACUCGACAAGUUCGCUGCCAAAUACACAGGCAACGUGGAGUUUGUCAAGAUCGAUGUCGAUGAAUUAAUGGAGGUAUCGGAUGAAUUUGGGGUGCACGCCAUGCCAACCUUCAUACUGAUUAAACAGGGGAAAGAAGUUGACAAGGUUGUAGGUGCCAAGAAAGAUGAACUGGAGAAGAAGAUCCUCAAACACAGGGCCCAAGCCCAUGUUUAGGCCUGUUGAAGCCCAUUCUAUCUCACAUGACCCAGCCCAUCACUCAACGCUAUCAACAAUGUAUUAGUUAAAUAAAAUAAUAAAUAACUAGGAACCUAACAAAAAAAAAAAAGU